UAUCAGAACUGGUGCGGUGCUGUACUCGACAGAUUAAAAGUGUUUAUUGGGGGGUUUUCUUCAGCAAGUACAACGAGGAAGAUGAUAGCAACUGGAAAGAUUCUCUUUAUCCUGAUGCUUCUUUUGCAUAAAAAUAGUGGUCAAGAUGCAUUUAGUGAUAAGAAGACACUCAAAAUCCCUGAAACCUAUACAGUUAGUUGGAUGCAAUCUCUAGACGAUAGCAAGUUAAUUUCUACCAUCACUAUUCCUGGUACCCAUGAGUCCAUGGCUCUUCACGGACUACAAGCAGUAAAGUGCCAGGCAUUGUCUCUAGAAGAUCAACUAAAGGCUGGUAUACGCUAUUUGGAGUUUACAGUGUCUGGGAAAAAAAUGGACAUUAAGGAUGGAGCACUCUUUAAGCACGCAAAAUUUGAUGAGGCUUUCAAAACUAUCAAGUCAUUUUUAACUCAAUUCAAAAGUGAGACGGUACUUGUCAGAGUCGAGUCUAAAGACAAAAAGAUAAAUGUUCAGGACCUGAUUCAAAACCUGAUUGAAAAGGACGUAAAUGUUUGGGUUCAGCCUUCAAUACCAAAAAUAGGUGACGUAAGAGGAAAAAUUGUGUUUGUUCAGAAAGACAGCUUUAAACUGGGUAUCCCUCUGACGGAAAUUACCACAAAGGGAGACCAUAAAGUAAGUAAUUCUAAAGAAAAACAGGUUAAAAUUCGUGAUCAUCUGAGUGAAGCUUUUAAAGAGUGUGCUAAAGAAGGUGGAGAAAGUUCUGUUGUUCUGACCUAUUCAAGCGACACUUACCUGAAGAAAAACAUACUAAAUUUCAUCUCAACCCCCAAAACAGUGGCAAAAGAUGUCAACCCUUGGCUGCAUGAUUAUCUUAAAAAGGCAUCUCAAGAGAAUCCCAAGCCUUGUUAUGGGAUCAUUGCCAUGGACUUUCCAGGCUUUGACUUGAUUCAAAUGGUCAUCGGUUUCAAUACCUAAAUGUUUCAGUCUGUAAUAAAGUUUUGAUUGAUUCUGUUUCUUCAAAUCAAGCUUUUUUUAAUUUUUCAAGGUAAAAAUCAAACAUGGGUUGUUAAUAGGUUAGUUCUAGAACUAUUUAUUUAUACUGAUCUGAAUGCAAAUGUGAUCAGAGAUAAUCUGAAUGAAGUGGGGUAAUGACAUUUGUGCACUGUGUAAUUUCUGUUCUCUUAUCUCAUUAAUAAAGCAUCACUGCCUUCA